UAAAAGACUCCGUCUGGAGACUCUUCACCAUCAGAGAGCUCAGGACUUCAGAGGAGCCAUGAGGAUCCAGGUCGUGUGUCUGCUGCUGGUGCUGCUGGCUGCUUCUGUUCUCUCCAAGGAUGAGAACCUCCGUCCUACAUACGACAAGUUCAAAAACCAGCAUAUCAUUAAGCAAAUGAAUACCAGUGAUUGUGACGACGUUAUGAGAAAGAGAGAAAUCUUUGUCAGGAAAAACAAGAGAAACGCAUGUAAGCCUGUCAACACCUUCAUCCUGGCCGAUGAAAGCAAGGUGAAAUCAGUCUGUGAGAAAGGCACACGACAAGGGAAGUAUGUCAAAAGCAAGGCAGUCUUCAACCUGAUUGCUUGUAAGUUGACAAAUAAGAAAACCAAGUACCCUAAAUGCAAAUAUGAGGGUACAAAACUUUCCAAGAAGAAGAUUCUAAUUAAGUGUAUAAACAAGUUUCCGGUGCACUAUGAGGGAGACCUCAGAUACUGUGAAGCCUGACUGAACACCUGGUUUGAACACCUGUCUUAAUAAAUCACCUCCUGCAUUUAAUGUGGUCGUUUCUUG